ACCAGGUUAAGGAAGUUUUCUGUCAUUAUUUCUUCAGGGGCCCCACACUGAAGGAUGCUGGGCGGAGCCAGGCUAGCUGCUGCACAGGCUGGCUGACUGCUAGGGGCUGCUCAGUGCUUCUCCAAGGAAAGGACAGAGACUAACAUGGAGCAGAGGAAGCAUCUGGCUGGCCUCCUCCUGGCCAUCUCUCUUCUUCAAGGUAUUAUUGCCCAGUCGGAACAAGGAAAACAUGUGGUAGAAGUGAACAAUCAAGAAGAUGGUUCAGUUAUUUUGACUUGUGACUUGAAAGACAAAGAUAUCAGAUGGUUUAAAGAUGGAAAGGAACUAAGUUCACAUAGUACAAGUCAAAAAAACACAUUGAAUCUGGGAAGUAGUUUGAAGGAUCCUCGAGGGACGUAUUUGUGUCGAGGAUCAAGCAACGAUUCAAAAUCACUCCAAGUGUAUUAUAGAAUGUGUCAGAACUGCAUUGAGCUGAAUGCGGCCACUGUGUCUGGCUUUGUCUUUGCUGAAAUCAUCAGCAUUUUCUUCCUUGCUCUUGGGGUCUACUUCAUUGCUGGACAAGAUGGAGUUCGCCAAUCAAGAGCUUCAGACAAGCAGACCCUAUUGUCCAAUGACCAACUCUACCAGCCCCUCAAGGAACGGGAAGAUGACCAAUACAGCCACCUUCAAGGAAACCAACUAAGGAAGAAUUGAGCUCAGGACUCAAGACUAGUUCUCAGAAACAAAGCAUUACAUUUUGGAACACUCCUAACAGAGAGACUUUCAGCCCUGAAUCUAGACUCAAAGUUCCCAGAGGUGACAAAUGGAGAAGAAAGUCCAUCAGAGAAAAUUUGGGGUUUUUCUCAAAAUAAAAUUGAAUUAAAAUUAAGUAAAAACAUGUAUGGUGUUUCAGAAGUGCUACCUAUUGGGAGGUAAUUUUCCUAUGAAAGACAAACGAGAAAGUCAAUAACCCCCUCUAUUUGAAUA